UAUUUGCUUCUCUGAAUAAUGGAUCAAAACAAUUGGAUCAGGCUAUGUGAUCCGUUGUCUGAUCUUAUUUGAUCUGGCAUGAAAUCUUUUUGGUUCCUCUUUCUAUUCCUGUGAAGGGAAUGUCCUGUUUAAAAGACAGAGAACGCCUAGUCUUGCAAAAUUAUCAGGGACGAUUUCAUGAAGCAGCUGGCUGUAUUAAGCUCUAAGUAUUAGGUGCUACUCAUACCUCAUAGUGUUGGACUUUCAUGAAGGCAGUCAAUGGGAGUUACAUUAAAAAGUGGAAUUGAAAAAUAUGGCAGAUUCUGCGUGUCGUGGACUGAUCAUAAAAGCAAUAUUCAUCUGCCUCCUUAAGCUUGCCUUCAGCUACAGUUUCAGGAGUUGCAUAGAGAUCCCUGAUUCUAAUCAUACAAUCUUCAGAUGUAUUAAAUGUCAUGAAACGGACAUAACUACAAUUGUGAGUGAUGUAUUUCCCACUGCAACAAACCUCACAGUUUCUCGGAAUAACAUUACACACAUUCAAGGCCAAAGCUUUCAUCAUCUGUCCGAACUGACUUCUCUGGUACUAGAUGUUAACCAUAUUUCUAGCAUCCACAAAGAUGCUUUUAAUAACCUGCAAAAACUUCAGACGUUAAAUCUGUCCUGCAAUUCCAUAUCAUCUCUCCACCAUGAUGUUUUCAGUGACCUACAUAACCUCACAGAGCUGCUCCUGGGAAACAAUAACCUCACUUAUAUUGAUUUGUUCCUGUUUUCCCAUUUGACAAACCUCCAGAUUCUUGACCUACGCAGGAACCACCUGGAAAACUUUUCAUCUUUGGUUGAGUGCAUAACAAACCUGUCCAGCUUGAUACAACUGGACCUUUCUUUUAACAAUCUAACCACCCUGCAUCACUCCACCCGUCUGCCAAGCUCGCUUGCCAAACUCUACCUCAGUGAUAAUAAACUACACAAACUGGGAUGUGACGAGUCCUUCCUUAAGUAUGUGAAAGUGCUAGAUCUGUCAGACAACACAUUACUGUCAUCCAAGGCUUUUCAGGGCCUGAAUCUGGAGAGUAUAAUAUACUUGCGCUUGCGCUUUACCAGUGUCUCCGUUAAAAAGCUUCUUAAUUACACCAAUAUACAACCAAGGCACAUCGACUUCUCUGGUUUGAAACUGAAGCAUCAUGCUCUGACUUCGCUGUGUUUUCAUCUGCGAGAUCAUCAAAUACCUAAAAUGAUACUCCAGAGCAAUUCCAUAAGAGUUCUAUACAAAAACACAUUUUGUAAUUGCUCCAGUAUCACUGAUCUAAUGGACCUCUCACGGAACGAGAUGAAAACCACAGGCUGCUUGCAGUUUCUGCACUGUCAGAACCAACUGAAAACUCUCAAGAUAGAACAUAACCAUCUGACCAAGCUAUUGUCCUGCAACAAAUUUAAAAAUAUUAGCUUGAAAAGCCUGAGCUAUCGUUACAAUCGUAUUCUACAGGUUGGAGGUUAUGCCUUCAGUACCACACCAAAUUUAACAAACCUUGAGCUAAACAUUAACAUAAUUGCUUACUUGGACCAUAAAGCCUUAAGUGGACUCAGAGAUCUUGUCACACUUCGUCUCGACAACAAUCUUUUGAGCGAUAUCUACAAUGAUACCUUUGAAGAUCUCACCAACCUAAAAAAGCUCAACCUGCGCAACAACCAAAUAGCUGUGAUUUUCAACUAUGCCUUUAAAUAUCUGUCAAAUCUAACUAUUUUAGAUUUAGGAGGCAACAAGAUCACGCAGAUGAGGCCACAUGCAUUUGAUGGGCUGAACAGCUUGGCCAAUCUAUAUUUAGACAGAAAUCGUCUGAAAGAGAUUGACAGCACGCUCUUUGGGAAACUUCAUGCCACCCUGCAGGUGCUGGAUUUACAGGCUAACCGCAUCCUGUAUUUUACAGAACAUACAUACUCACCAUUUAUAAAUAUGUCCAUGCUUCUUGAUCUGAAACUUGAUGCACAGGAACCAAAUGGCAUAAACUUGUUGCCACGUGCAUUUUUCCGUGGUCUAACUUCUCUGAAAAGUCUUUACCUCACCAACAACCAUAUCAUUGGAUUUGGCGCUGAAACAUUUGAUGACCUGAAAAGCUUGGAGUUCUUAACUCUGGACAACUCAUGUGUUGGGAUUGCCCAGCUCAAACCUGGUAUUUUCAAAAACCUUCGAAAAUUAAAGACAUUAUACGUUGAGAACAUGGGCAUUAAAUCAUUUUCUAAAGAGGUCUUUGGAAAUCUCACAGGACUGAAGCUACUACAUCUCAAUCGCAAUGCCAUGAUGUCUUUGGACAUGAGUCUACUGGACAAUCUGACCAAUCUUACAUACGUUGACAUGCGCAGCUGUCCUCUCAGUUGUGGCUGCCGGAAUAGUGAACUACAGAACUGGACCAUAAGCAGUAAGAGACUACAGUUUCCUUAUCUUUUCAAUAUUACAUGCCAAGACCACCCAGGCUCAUUUUUUCACAACUUCGACACUAAUGUGUGUUAUUUAGACAUAGCACUCUACCUGUUUUCCUCAACGUUUACAUUCACAAUCUUACUGAGCUUGAUACCACUUCUCUAUGUCAGACUUUACUGGAAAUUUAAGUACGGCUACUAUGUGUUUCGGUCAUGGUUUGGGGAACAGUGGCGUCGCUUAAGGGACCAGGAGGAGAAAUACAAGUAUGAUGCCUUUGUUUCCUACAACUCAGCAGAUGAAGACUGGGUAAUGGAACAGCUGUUGCCGAACCUCGAGGGUUCUUCAUUUCGGCUCUGCCUCCACCACAGAGAUUUCGAGCUGGGCCGCGAUAUUGUCGACAACAUUGUGGCUGCCGUAUAUGGCAGUCGUAAAACGAUCUGUGUGGUCAGUCAGAGCUUCCUUCGCAGCGAAUGGUGCUCACUGGAGAUCCAGCUGGCCAGCUAUCGCCUCUUUCAAGAAAUGCAGGAUGUGCUUUUGCUGGUCUUUCUGGAGCCUAUCCCUGAGCGGCAACUGUCCACUUAUCACCGUAUGAGGAAGGUCGUGCUCAAAAAGACUUAUUUGCAGUGGCCUGGGCCAAACUGUUCUGAUCCAAAUAGUGCAAAAGAACUGUUCUGGAAUCAGUUAAAGAGAGCACUUAGAAGCAGCAACACUGGAAGCCAUGAGGAGCAGAAUGAUCAGAGGAGGCAAGACAAAGAGGACCAGGAGGAGAGAGAAUAUUUCGUGAAUCAGCCACCAAUAGAUGAUGAAGUAUAUUACCUGAUGCCCUGAUUACACUGACAUAUAAAAUAAUCUGUACAAUAUAAGAACAAAUUGAAUGAACUUCAAUAAAUGUAAAUUAAAGGGCUGUAAAUUCUGCAGGCUUGCAAACAUGUAAAAAAUAAUAAUGGAAAAGAUAUAAACUCGCCGGAAGCAAUUUUGAGUUUAUGGUAACAUUUUUU